UAGGAAGUUUUUAUAUACUACAUAGGGAAGAGUGAAAAUUUGAAAUUUAAAGGCAGUGGCACAAAAAAAAAUUCUUCACAAUAAUUAUUAAUAAAUAAAUUUUAAGAAAACGCAAAAAUGGAUCUUGUUACUUUUUGUCACGAAGUUCCUAAAGUUGAAUUACACGCUCACUUAAAUGGUUCACUAAGCCGUUCUACAAUGCUCCAGCUGCAGCGAUGCCUCGCAGAUUUAGGCAUGACAGAUAAAUCUAACGCUUUUCUAGACGAAUUUCAAAUGAGUUCUGGUGAUUCAAUAAAUUUAUCUGAAGUUUUUCCAUUAUUUGUCAUAGCACAUGAACUGACAAGUAUUCCACAAACACUAGCUAUGGCAACGGCUCUGACUCUCCAAGAAUUUGAAGAUGAUGGUUGCUGUUAUAUUGAAUUAAGAAGCACACCUAAGGAAACCUUGCACAUGUCCUAUAAACAAUAUAUAGAAGCAAUUAUUCAAACAUUGAAAAAUAAUACUGCCUCAAUUAUAGCAUGUCUUAUAAUAUCCAUAAAUAGGAGUAGCCAACAACAAGAAAUAGAGAUCAUAACAGACUUGGCAAUUGAAUAUCACAAAAAGUAUCCAGAUUUAGUUGUUGGUAUUGAAUUAAGUGGAAAUCCGGCUGUUGGUAAAUUCCAAUAUUUUGUACCAGUCUUAACAAAAGCAAGGGAAGCUGGUUUAAAAAUAACAUUACAUUGUGGCGAAAUAUGCAAUCCCCAAGAAGUUAUAGAAAUGCUUAAAUUUAAACCAGAACGUAUUGGCCAUGCAGUUUGUAUACAUCCAUUAUAUGGUGGCAAUGAUGAGAUAUGGCAAUUAUUGUGCAAAUCACAGAUACCUGUUGAGGUUUGCUUAACAAGUAAUGUCAGUACAAAAUCAACUCCAGAUUACAGUUCACAUCAUUUUAAAGAACUUUAUAAUGCAAAUAUUCCUAUAUCUAUAUGUACUGAUGAUAAAGGAGUCUUUGCAACAUCGCUUUCGCAAGAAUAUCGUAUUUGUGCUGAAACUUUUGGAAUAGAUCCAUCGAAGCUAGCCAGAAUAAGCCUUCGAUCAUGUGAUUAUAUAUUUUCUGAAGAUAAACGGAAGACUCUUAGUGAUAAAAUACUUAAUUUCAUUAAUAAAAAUGGAUUGUAAAAGAUAAUAUACUUGAAACAAUAA